UUGAUUCAAAGCCGUCUAUCGCUGCGUAUCCUCUCUGGCUUGGUUUGUAGCUAAGGGUGUUUGUGGUGUGGUGUGCAGGCGGGGUGCACGGCGCUGCAGAGUGCGGCGGCGGAGGGGCACCUGGACCUGGUGAAGCAGCUGUUAAAGCACAGGGCCGACGUCAACAUGCAGGACAACGGGCCGGGCAACACUGCGCUGCACGAGGCGUCCUGGAAGGGCUUCUCCCGGUGCGUGCAGGCGCUGUGCGCCGUGCGCGGCGCCGACCUGUCGCUGCGGAACCACGCGGGCUUCGCGCCGCUGCACCUCGCCUGUCAGAACGGACACAACCAGAGCUGCCGCGAGCUGCUGCUGGCGGGCUGCGACCCGGACGUCCGGAACAACUACGGCGACACGCCCCUGCACACGAGCGCGCGGUACGGGCACGCGGGCGUCACCCGCAUCCUGGUGAGCGCCGAGUGCAAGGUGUCGGAGCAGAACAAGAACGGCGACACUGCGCUGCACAUCGCCGCCGCCAUGGGCCGGCGCAAGCUCACCAGGAUACUGCUGGAGGCCGGCUGCACCAAGAGCCUGCGGAACAAGCAAGGGGAGACGGCGCGGGACAUCGCGACUCGCAAGGAGCUGUCCGAGAUCCUCAGCAUCCUCAACAACCCCGUGAUCCCGAUGCCGCGGAAUAAGGACGUCGGCAAGGAGCCUGCCACCAGCAAGGAGAAUGCCACCAAGAAAAAGAAGAAGGGUUCUGGCGGUCGCUCUGGCCGGAACUCGGGAUCCCGUUCUGGAUCUCGAGGGUCACGCUCAGGGGCGGGCGGCGGUCCUGGGGGCGUCCCGGGCAGCGGUGCGGUCCAGGGCGGAGCGGUGCAGGGGGCGGCAGGCGCGGCCCCGGGGGCCGGCACGGCGUGGUCGCCGUACGGCUGCCACUACUACCCGGACACGUCCUCCUUUCCUCAACCCCGGCUGGACUCGCUGCCCCCCGAGCCGCUGCGCAAGGGCGAGCAGUACUACCUGGACCUGGCGGGCAACAUCCGCAAGGGCCCCGUGGGCGUGGGCUACACGUGCUACUGCGCGCCCUUCUUCCGGCACAUGGAGCAGCGGCUGGACCGCGACAAGCAGGACCUGAAGAAGCACAUCAACCAGGCGGUGGAGGGGCUGGAGCGGCGCACGCAGGGCCACAUCUCCCAGCUGACGCGCUCCUUGGCGGCGGAGCGCGCGCGCUGCUCGCAGCGACACCUGCACCUGCAGCAAUGGCUGCGCGGGGUGGGCGGCGCGGCCGGCGCCGUGGCCCGCACCCCGUCCGUGCCGCGCGCGCGCAGCGUCGACUCGCUGCUGGAGCGCCCGCUGCACCACGUCGAACUGGACUCCGCGGCCGAGGCCGCCGACCGCAACGGCAACGGUGACAUCGGCGAGGAGAUCGAGGUGCUGUCCGAGGGCGACAACACGGCCCGGCGCAAGGAGAGCUUCCUGCGGCGCGGCGGCCGAGGUAAACUGCCCCGGCUGCGGCCUGGCCUUAGCUGGGACCUGCUGGCCGAGGCCGACAAGGUGCUGGCCGCCACCGACCCCACGCACAACCCCGGCCACGACCCGCUGCUCAGCGCGGCGCGGCUGCAGUCCCGCGCGCGCCGCGUGCAGCACAUGGUGGAGGCCAUGGCGCAGCAGCAACACCCGCUGGACGCCGGUGGGCUGUCCGACCACCCCGAGCUAGAGGUCCUCGACGAGCGCGUGUCGCAGUGGCGAGGUCAGCAGCGGAGACUCAUGUUGGAGGUGGCGCGCGCGAGCAGGGAGAUCGCGCAGCUGAAGAGAGUCACGAGUCGGGACCGCGGCCGGGGCAGCUCCGGCUCCGAGCUGGAGAGUCGCGGGGGCAGCGGCAGCCGCGCCGGCCGGGAGAGCCGGGGCAGCCGGGGCAGCAGGGGCAGCAAGGGCGCGGGCCGCCGUCUGCAGACGCUGGACCAGGUGGACGAGGGCGGCAGGCUGUCUCCAGGGCUCAGCUCAGGCGUGAGCCAGGGCCCCGCCAGAAGCUCGGUGCAGUACCUGCACGCCGAGGUGCACGCGCCACCCAAGACCCCCGAGGAGACCCCCGGCCGCAGGCGCAGCCGCAGCCAGGAGCUGCUGCGCGUCGAGCCCGCGGUGGUGUCCUCGCGGUCGCCCACCCCACCCUUGGGCGUGGGCGCCGGCGGCUCCUCGUCGCCAUCACCGUCCCCGGUGCCCUGCUCGCCCGCGGCGCGAGCUGCCCGCUGGCACGGCGUGAGCGUCACCGCGGAGGACAUCGAGAACUGGCGCCGGUUGGACAGAUUGCGCGACCUAGAACAGGAGCAGGAGCAGGACGAGAGCGGGGGCAUGGUGACCAACCCGGACUACGAGGUGCAGGUCGAGGACGGCAUCAUCUUCAGCUCGGAUCUGCGGGACCUCCGGGACCUGGACCCGCGUCUGCCCCCGCUGCCCCAGCCGCAGCAGCCGACGGCGGCCAUGCGGAGCCAGCAGAACCUGGUCGUGGAGCCUCCCGGCCCCGCCAAGGCCAUCUCCAACGCGCCGCCCCCGGCCGCCGCCGUCCUGCACCCAAAGCCCAAGUUCGCCACACCCUUUCAGGUCUCCCUCAGCUCCAAGGGCCCGCAGGGUCCCAAGGGAGAGGUGGUGCCGCUCCCUCGCGGCAUGCCGGCGGCCAGCUCCCCUCCUGUCGGCCCCCUGACCAACGGCGCGCCAGUGCCGCUCAAGCGCGCCACGACGGACACCUCAAGCACCGGCCCCGCCGUACCCGCGCACGUACCGCUCCGCAAGUCUGUCCACGACAUGGUGGCCCGCAUUCAGACUCACAUGCUGAAUAACCUGAAGGGCAAGCACGGCAAGCAGGCGCAGACCGCCAAGGCCAAGGACGACGUCGUGUCCUCGGCGGCGGCCCCCGCGCACCUGAAGGUCUCCACCACCGCCGGCCCUGCUGCUCACGCCGUCCCGCUCUCCACCCCUAGGGAGAUGGCCAUCGAUGUGGGCGACUGCGUGCAGGUCCAGGCCCGGCGCGUGCAGGCGUGCCACCGCGACGACGACUCCGAGUCCAGUGACGGUGAGGACGCGGAUGGCGCGCCCAGGACGGGCCUCGGCCUCGGCCCCGACUACGAGAACGUGUCGCCCUGCUGGAGAGACGGACGUGAACCCCGGCCCCGCAUCCUCGUCUCGGACCUGCCGUACCGCAGCCGCACGGCUGUGUACAGCACGGACGUGGGCCCGGACUUCCUGGACAUACCAUUGACCAACGGCCAUACCAUCGGCAUCAAUGGUCAAAACCACGGUCUUAAUGGCCACGCUGUGAACGGUCAUGGUAUGAACGGACAUGGUCUGAACGGCCAUGGUCUGAAUAACCAUAGCUUGAACGGCCACACUCUUCGCAUCAACGGGCACGGGCUCGGCCUCAACGGGCACGGCCACGACCAGGAUCCAAGGGGCACGCCCAACGGCACGAGGGGCGCUUCCCACCCGCUCACGCUCAGUCACCCCCUGAGCCUGGGGAGUCUCAACGGCCUGGCGCACCACCACAGUCCCGCCGGCACGCCGGACCUCGAGCUGGAGGUGCACGCCGUGCACGGCCUCGGCCACCCCUUCCACCACUACCCCUACACGGCGGGCAGCGGGAGCGGCAGUGGCAUGUACUCGCCCGACCACGGCGAUUCGGGGUACUCCACCAGGAUGGGAGGCAGUUCCAACUCCAAGGGAACUUCGCCUUCGUUGUCAGGACUCGACAGUGAUGGUCUUCUGCAAAACUCUGCUCCAAGAAGUGCUGCUGCCCUAAAUAUAGCAAAUGCUGCUGCUGCCAUAGUGCACCAAAGGCACACAAAUGCAAGUCUUGUAUAAAUGUGUAUUUUUUGUUAUUGAAUAUGCUCAGUGUUCCUUACUUUGAAUACUUUUUUCUAAAGUGUAUAUACUCCAUUUCUAUUUGUAGAACUUGUUAUAAAUAUUUAAAUCUAUCAUGCUAAAAUGGGCUUGUUAAAUUAUUGUGUUUUGUUUUUUUUUAACUAUUGAAUGGAAAAUAAACAAAUUCUCUAUUAUGUGGU